CACUCGGACAGGAGGACAGUUUCAGGGUUUGUGAGCGACUCAGAGACCACAACCAAACUAUUUGUCAAGUUCUUUUUUUUUAUCUUGAAUCUUUUUAUAUUAAGAGUGUAGUAAUUCCAGCUGCUUUUUGACUUCAGGAUUAACGGCCAUCUUGCAGCAUGUGUACUGGAAAAUGUGCGCUUUGCGUCGCGUCAAGUCUGUACCCACUUGCGGUCAUCUCCAUAAUAUGCAAUAUUAUAUUGUUUUUUCCUGACUGGGAUGUACAGUAUGCACAGAAUAAACAAAUCACUGAAGAAGUCAAAUACAUGGGAGGACUGAUUGGAGGAGGGAUACUGGUGCUGAUUCCAGCUUUUCACAUUCACCUGACUGGAAAGCAGGGUUGCUGUGCUAAUCGCUGCGGGAUGUUCCUCUCCAUUUUAUUUGCAGCGGUGGGUGUAGUUGGCGCCCUUUAUAGUUUCAUAGUGGCUCUGAUGGGUUUAAUCAAUGGGCCAUACUGUAAACAUUUGCUUUUCGUUUGGGGAACUCCCUUCAAAGACAGAGAAGAGAGUUACCUUAAGGACCGCAGCAUGUGGUCAAUCUGCUCAGAGCCAAAAAACGUGGUGGAGUUUAAUGUGGCUCUGUUCUCAACACUGCUGGUGACCAGCGCUAUGCAGCUCAUCCUCUGUGCCAUACAGAUGAUCAACGGCCUUUUCGGCUGCCUCUGUGGAACCUGCAAAGAGAAAGGGCCGCUGUAAUCCCUGACCGCCCCUGGCCUCGUAUAACCAGCGCCCUCUUGUGGAAGAUGCUAUCCAUACUUUUAAUGAGUUUGUACUUUGUGUACACUUCUUCAAAUCUUGUUUUCAUUUAUUGACGUUUAUUGCUGAUAUUUUGGCUUAAUACUCUUUUGGUAGUAAAAGCUUGACUUCAAGCUAAUCUUAAAGGAAAAUGACUAACUUAGGGCAUGACACUUGUUUUGUAUCUAUCUGUAUUUUUUAUAGUUUAGAAAUGGAAUAAAACAUACUAAAAUACAAUAAAAACGGUUACGCAGUGUGGUUGA